UUGUCAUUAAUGCCUAAUGUUCAAAAUACAAUUCAUUUUAAGCCUCCUCAUUCAGAUAUUUUGCUGAAAUUCAUACUCAUUCAUUCUGGUCAGGAAUCUUAGAAAUCGUUAUCCAAAAACGGAGUUAUACGAGAAAUGAAAUGCGUAAACGCUUUUUGAGACGAGUGUUUGAUCUUUCAAGGCCACCAUACUGCAUAUAGCGCAUGUGCCUCAAGAAGUGCAGUUAAAGUUUCUGAUGUUGUAUGUUCAGUGUAGGAUGUUUUCAUUGGAACUCUUGUGGCUAUUUUAAAGGUUGUCUUCAUAAAAAAAAUUUAAGAUUGAAAGCUUCAAAAUCAAUGCCAAAUGGAAGCUGUUAUAAAGAUACAUGCAGAAGCAUCCAAAUGGGAAAUCCGCCAGAAAGUAUGGGACUACAUUGAAGCGAAGAACUUAGCCAACUUUCCACGACCUGUUCAUAACAGAAUUCCAAAUUUUAAGGGGGCUGAUCGCGCCUGCGCUCAUGUUUCGAAUCUUGAGAUAUUCCACAGAACAAGUGAGAUCAAGGUGGGCCCAGAUAAGCCGCUGGAAGGCGCUCGCCUCGCAGUCCUUCAGGCUGGAAAAACAUUGCUGGUUCCAACUCCCCGUCUGCGAACUGGUCUACUCAAUAAGAUUGUUCCUCCCGAGGGAGCGAGCAGGGCGGACCUGCGUGCGUGCUCCACCUCCCAGGGUGUGAAGGAAUACAGUGUGCCCAUUGGCUUGGACGCCAAAAUCACCGUGGACUUGGUUGUGGUUGGAUCAGUGGCCGUAUCUGAAAAAGGAUAUCGCAUUGGAAAAGGAGAAGGUUAUUCAGAUAUGGAGUAUGCCAUGAUGGUGUCUGUCGGAGCUGUGAAGAACCCACUGGUUGUUUCUGUAGUUCAUGACUGUCAGGUCAUGGAUAUUCCAGAAGACCUUAUUGAAAGUCAUGACCUCACAGUCGAUUAUAUCCUCACUCCAACGAGAGUCAUCCGGACCGAAUGUAAACACCCAAAGCCUCAGGGCAUCAUCUGGGCGAAGCUGAAUGCAGACAUGCUGGAGAAGAUCCCGAUUCUGAAGAAGCUGCGCACCUUGGAGAGGCAGGCCGGCAGAGACGUGACGCUGGGGAGGGCGUCGGCUGGGGGGGAGGCCGAGGCGGAGCGGGACGGGGCGGACGGCGAGGACCGCGCCCCCCAGGAGGAGCAGCAGCAGGAGCAGCAGCAGGCAAUCAGCAGCGUGUACCUGGGGGGCAUCCCCGCGGGGCUGCGGGUCAGCGAGCUGAAGUGUGCCCUGCGGGAGCGGGGGGCCGCACCGCUGCGGUUGAACUGGCAGGGGGCGCUGCACCGGGCCUUCCUGGACUACAGCGACGGCCCGGCGGCGGAGGCCGCCCUGCUGGCCCUGGGGGGGCUGUCCUUAAACGGGAAGGGCGUGCAGGUCGAGCUCGCCAAGAGUCGGAGGGGUGGCCGAAAAAAAGCUGGCCAGGCUCGCGGCCGAGCCGGGGCGACGGCGAGAGCCCAAACUGGGACCGGGACCGGGACUCGCGCGGUUACAUAAACACACUUUUUUACUGCCCAUCUGGUGCAGAUGCCUCGGUUAUGAAACACAGAAAAGGGGAGGGCUGGUCCUGAACACAAGCCUUCCUUUCCUUGAGAUGAUUUUUCAGUUUUUAUUGUAAGCAUUAUUAUUAUUAUUAUUAUUAUUGACACGCAGUACUGUUCCUGACUAAGUACUUCUGGUGUCUGCGUCGCCAGUAUAUUUAGUUGUUUUGUUGCUGGUGUGCAUUUCGUUUGGUGGAUAAUGUAGGGGGAGUUAAAAAAAAAAAAAAAAACAGUUUCACUUUACAACUGGAUUCUGCCAAGCAAAAAGGCUGCAGGCUGAACUGUCCAAGUUGUGGUUACUAUGUGUGGGCGCAGUAAAUGUUUGGUAUUAAAUCAGCUCUGCUAAAUAGGACCCCUGUUGGACUCAUAUGGUGUUUGGUAGAGCUGAAUUAACACUGAACAUUUUUAAAGUAUAGUAAGUACAUCAGGGUUUAUGUAAUUACAAAGGCUUAAGUUAUCCGUCACGCUAAUGUGUUGUCAUCAUUUUGAUUUAUUCUUAUGCAUGGUCUUCAUUUUGGAGUGGUUCUUGACAUUGCACCAGUGUUCAUCUUAGCAAGAAGCUGAAGUGGAAAAUAUAGUUAGCUAUUUAAUGGCAAGAUACAUAGUGUCAUUUUUCUUUAACCUGUUUAUUGCAGGCCUUGCCCUGUCAAAAGGGAGAAUAAAACAUUGCAAUACAAUA